UGAACGAUGAACUUCCCCUCAGUGAAAUCUGCAUAUGAAAACAUAUUUUUGUUUGAUUUUUCAUUAAAUAUUGUGAUUAUUUGCCCCAAGAGAUACAGAAUGAUGUUACAAAUUAAAUGACGAAAGUGUUUUAGAGGUGUCUUAACUUCUGGCACAGGAAAUAAAUAAAAUACAAUCAUGACUUCUAGUAGAUUAGACAGGCUUUUUGUUCUGUUGGAAACUGGGAGUUCAGCAGUAACAAGAUCGGCUGCUGCCAAACAACUAGGUGAGGUGCAGAAACUCCAUCCACACGAACUAAAAACACUCCUAUCGAGGACCGCUACCUAUUUGAGAUCGUCUUCUUGGGAGACGCGUAUAGCAGCAUCAGAAGCUGUAAGAGCAAUUGUGAAUAAUGUACCUCAAUGGAAUCCUCGUGGAGUCGAUUUUAAAAUAGUAGAUGGACAAUCAAAUUCUUUUUCUGGAGUUGGAAGAUUGCGUUUCACACAUUUCAACAUGGCAUCAGUUUUGGCGAAUAGCACCUAUCUCAUGGCAUCCGAAGGGAAUGAAUUUGACUUGGAGGAAGAUCCAACAUUAGAUAAUAAGGAAAAAAUGGCAAAACAGAGACAACUUCUGAAUGCGAGGUUGGGUUUGAAUUUAUCAACACAAAUGUGCUUUGAUUCGUCAAUGUUAUUCACAAAUGAUGACCUCAUGAAUAGUACUGAAAAUCACAAUUCUGAUAAUACAAGGAAAAAUGUUCGAGAGGUAAUAUCUCAAGAGCUGAGCUCAAGAGAAAUUAAUAGGGCAAAGCGAAAAGCUCGACAGGCAUUUGGUAAGCAGAGAUCUAAAGACAAUUCAGAGGAUAAUGGCUAUGAUGAGACUGAUAGAAAAAAAUUUAAGGCUGAAGCAAAGGACGAAUUUGCCACUUUCGGUGCGGGAGGUUAUUGUAUCCCUUUAUGGAAUAAGGAGUUCAUGGAUCGUAUGGAAACUUGUCACCAGAUUUGGCUGGAAGAUAUGUCUAUAAGACUUCUGUGUGUACUAGCCUUGGAUAGAUUUGGAGAUUUCGUAUCUGAUGCAGUUGUAGCCCCUGUAAGAGAAACUUGCGCCCAAGCCUUGUGUGCCGUCUUGAAAUUAAUGAACUUAAGUUCUUGCAAAGGAGUCCUGAAGAUUCUUCUACAAUUGUUGGAUCACAAGGAAUGGGAGGCAAGACACGGAGGACUGCUGGGGUUGAAGUAUUUAUUAGCAGUCAGGGAAGACCUCAUCGACAGUUUCCUUCCAGAAAGUUUUCCAUUUGUCCUCCAGGGUCUUUCUGAUGCAGUAGACGAUGUCAGUUCUGUUGCGGCUUCAGCUUUAAUACCUGUGGCUGAAAAAUUGACCGAACUUGUGCCUGAAUGUAUUCCUCAAGUCGUGAUGAAGUUGUGGGACCUUCUAGCGGAACAAGAUGAACUUGCCGCUGCGUGUAAUAGUUUCAUGGGUCUGCUUGCAGCUAUUUUGAAUCUUCGUAAGGCUCAGGCAUUCUUACCGCCACAACCCUUGAAUGAGGUUGUCCCUAGACUAUGGCCCUUCUUGUCUCAUAGUAACUCUUCUGUGAGGAAAGCCACAUUGCAAACAUUGGAGCGGCAGCGAACAUCAGUAGAAUUGCUCCAUGCUGCUUGCCCCUUCAUCACUGUUUGGUUGUAUUUGAGUAUGCAGCCCGUGAGGAUUCCUUUUGAUCCAAAUUUACUGAUUCACGCAAAAUCUCACAGGAAAAAAGCUACCAUUGAUGGGUUACAUAAUUUUGACCAUACGGUUGUACCGCCAAAGUUAUACAUUGGAGGAAGUGAGACAACGCCAUCCCACACGAGGGAAGUAAAUUCCUUAAAAAUAAGGUGCAUGGCAUCCAGAAUGCUGGGACUCCUAUCUUGUUACUUGAUAAAACCAGCGCCCGGUGUUGACUACACAACAGCAGGUAUUGAGCAACCCAUUGAAUGUUAUGUGAAGGUUCUUCUAGUCCACUUGAAUUCUAAGUCAGCUUUGCAGCGUAUGAUGACAGGUCUUGUGAUUUCCCAAUGGGCCAGUUUAGAUGAAGAAAUAGCAGACUGUCCACAGAAUUUAAAACUACGUUUGCACCAGUGUCUCAACGAAUGUGUGUAUUUCGAUGAGAUCGCUCACAGUUUCACUAGGUUAGCGCAGGAAACCAAGGAUUUUCUGGCUACAUUGAGACACUACAAAGUUCCUGUGGUUGUCGAAAACGAAAACGUACUGACCCUUCAACAAAUCGAGAAGUUAACGGGAAAUGAAACUCAACAAACUCUAGUCAACUCAAAGCUGAAGGCCAAAGUUCAUGAAAACCUGGAGGAGAGAAGAAGGAGUAUACAUUCAUCUGUUCUGCAGACGACAGCUGAACAGCAUAAUCUUAGUACCAGUACUUUCUCAACCCUUGCCGGUGCCAUAGUGAAGUUUAAAGCCUUAUCGGAAAAACUCACGCCGAUAGUUAAACCUCUGAUGCAGUCUAUAAGAUAUGAGACUAAUGAGAAUUUGCAAAAAAUUGCUGCGGAACAUCUUGCUUCACUUCUGGAUCAGUCUCGACAGCGCAGCCAAUGCCCCAACGACAAAAUCAUAGCUAAUUUGUGCACAUUUCUCAGCUUCAUUCAGAAACCCAAAAACCAAUUUGGACUAGGACUAUUACAAGCAGAGGUCCUUGAGGUUACCUGCACAAGUCUUCAUAAGUCUCUCUUGCCAGACGUGAUGAGUAAAUGUCUUACAAGGUUCUGUGUCUUACUUUCUCAUCCUUACCGCGCAGUGAGACACUUGGCUUCUCGAUGCCUGGCUACUUUUGCAAAAUUGGAUUCCGUUAAAGUGAUAGAGUUGGUGGUCAGUACAGUUUUGCCAAAGUUGGGUGCAACGGACUGUGAGAUUGACAGACAAGGAGCUGUGGAGGCGAUUGCUUGUAUAGUGGACGAACUGAAAUUCGAUAUUAUUCCGUACGUAGUACUGUUGGUUGUUCCUUUACUUGGAAGAAUGUCGGACCAGAACAUGUGCGUGAGGCUGAUGGGAACUCAUAGUUUUGCCACUCUCGUUCAACUGAUGCCUUUGGAAGGAGGGUUUUCAGAACCACCUGCUCUAAAAGAAAGCAGCCUGUUUAUGAAACGUGACAAAGAAAGAGAAUUCCUCCAACAGCUGCUCUCACCCACAUGUAUUCCGGAUUAUGAAAUUCCUAUCCAGAUCGAUGCCGAACUACGAAGUUACCAGCAAGCCGGUGUCAACUGGCUGGCCUUCCUGAAUAAGUACAAACUCCACGGUAUCUUAUGCGAUGAUAUGGGACUUGGAAAAACACUGCAGAGCAUUUGCAUCUUGGCCGGUGACCAAUACUAUAGGGAACAGAAAUUUAGAGAGACCCGAUCACCUGAUUGCUCUCCGUUACCGUCCAUGGUGAUUUGUCCACCGACUUUGACAGGUCACUGGGUAUAUGAAGUGGAGAAAUUUCUCAGGCAUAAGUACCUCCGCCCUCUUCAAUAUAAUGGCUCGCCUACGGAGCGAGAGAAGCUCAGACAUAAAUUUAAAAAGUACAAUUUAAUCGUAGCUUCAUACGAUAUUGUUCGAAAGGACAUUGCUUUCUUUUCUAACAUCAAGUGGAAUUACAUCAUCCUCGAUGAGGGUCACAUCAUUAAAAACGGUAAAACGAGAACUAGUAUGGCAAUAAAAGCUUUGGUAGCAAAUCACAGAUUGAUAUUGAGUGGUACGCCUAUUCAGAACAAUGUCUUGGAGUUGUGGAGUUUAUUCGACUUCCUUAUGCCUGGAUUCUUGGGUACUGAAAAACAGUUCACAGCAAGAUAUUCCANGAAUGAAGCUUUUAUUUGCUACAAAAAGUUCCUUAUUUUAUUGAUCUGCUUUGCUGUCAACCUCAUUAUAUCUGGGGGCAAAUUACACCCCAAAGCUUUAUAUGACAUUAUUUGUUCCUUUAUUAAGUCUUUGUGUUUUCCGCUUUAUGAUUUCCUAGGAAAUUUUGGAAUGAAACACAUACAAUUUCAUGUAAAUCUUUUACAGGACUCUAUUUCUUCUGGUUGUCCUUCUAGUUCUGUUCAUCGAAAUACUCACAUAUUCCAAGCGCUUCGUUAUCUACAGAACGUCUGCAAUCAUCCCAAACUGGUUCUGAAUCCUUCACACCCACAUUUUCAAGCAAUAAUUGCUCAACUUCACCGACAAAAAUCUGCCCUAGACGAUAUAUCGCACUCGGCGAAACUGCCAGCUUUAAAGCAACUUCUUCAAGACUGUGGUAUAGGCGUAAAUGAAAGCACUGAUAAAGAAUCGACUGAUUUAGUAGUGAACCAACACAGAGCAUUAGUGUUCUGUCAGCUCAAAGCCAUGUUAGACAUUAUAGAAGAAGAUUUGUUCAAGAAGAAUAUGCCGAGCGUAACAUAUUUGAGGUUAGACGGUUCCAUUCCGCCCAUACAAAGGCAUUCUGUUGUGACUAGAUUCAAUAAUGAUCCUUCCAUCGAUGUUUUGCUGUUGACAACACAAGUUGGGGGCCUGGGUCUCAAUCUGACUGGCGCUGACACGGUGAUAUUUGUCGAACAUGACUGGAACCCGAUGAAAGAUCUUCAGGCUAUGGAUAGAGCCCAUCGAAUAGGACAGAGGAAGGUAGUUAAUGUCUAUAGACUGAUUACGAGGGCUACCCUGGAAGAAAAAAUAAUGGGAUUGCAGAAAUUCAAACUUCAAACCGCCAAUACGGUGAUCAGCGGAGAAAAUAGUCAGAUGGAAACGAUGGGGACUGAACAGUUGUUGGAUUUGUUUUCUCACACGUCGAAUAAUGGUAGAGAUACUAACUCAGGGUCCAAGCCGAACACAGGAGUGAAGGCAAUUUUGGAGUCCCUUCCAGAAUUAUGGGAUAGCAAGCAGUAUGAUACAGAGUAUGAUUUGUCUCAGUUUAUGACAAAACUGAAGUGAUCAGGUGAGUUAACACCGGCUUUUUUUUACACUUUUUGAUGCGUUAACAAAAAUUAUGGGGUCAUCCAAUGUGUGGGUGGACAAUAGCUGCUUUUCUUUUGUCUUGUUUGA